UCUCUCUCUCUCUCUCUCUCUCCGAGUGAGUCAUGCAUGUUCAGUGAUCUGCCAGGAUGCGGGGGGAGAGAGAGACAUCUCUUCACUAGAGCUCUGUCUCUCUCUGCCAUCUCUGGCCCUCUAUCUCUGUAGAGGAGCGACCUCACGCUGCUUUUCUCUCUCGUCGUCCUCUGUCUCCAUGGAUUCCGCGUUUUGUGGUUUAUUUUUGGUCCCCGAGCUGCUGCUGCCGCUGCUGCACGGCGUCGGAUUUUUCUGACGGCCACUCGCUCCCUUUCUUCGAACCCUUGAGGACACUUUCUCAGCUCCAGCAUGUUAAAGAAGUGGACAGUCAGCUGGGAGUUGGAUGUGUCCGUUCGCAUGUAGGCUGGCACACCGAGGGGAAUGCUUCACCGUGGUAAAUACAACCGAUUCCGGAAUGAGUCAGUGACAUCCGUCGAUGAGCUUCUGCACGGUCUCUCCAUGAAUGCCAAGGUCUCGGCCGUCCCGCCGUCGCCGCCCGUGGGCGACCCUCCGUACGCCCCGCCAGCCGAGGUCUUGCCGCCCAACCCUGCGGAAGAGUCCGGCACCUUGUGCACCCUCAUUAACAAAGUCUCCAACCUCAAAUUCGCCAACUCCUCCGGACUGCUGGGCAUCAAGGGCCUGCCGUCCGCCGUCAAGGACCUGGCUGUGUCCAAGCUCCAGGGAGGCGCGUCAGGAGGCGGAUCCGGUAGCCCAGGCUCAUCCACCCUCCCAGCGGCCUCCGGAGCGCCUCACGCCCCGCCGGAGCACAGUUCCGCAAACUCUGGGAAGAAGGGCAGGAUGGAAGAGUCUCAGCCCGGCGGAGAGGGCUGGGGCCUGGGUGGGACAGGUGCCGCGGGUUGCGGUGGGCUGGUGAAUAAGCCUUCUCGCGGAUGGCUGCACUCAGGUGAAAAGAUUUCCGGACCUGGAGUGACGUACGUCGUUAAGUAUUUGGGCUGCAUUGAAGUCCUCCGGUCCAUGAGAUCCCUGGACUUCACCACACGAUCACAAAUCACACGGGAUGCGAUCAGUCUGGUGUGUGAAGCCGUCCCUGGUGCCAAAGGAGCUCUGCGCAAGAGAAAGCCUCCUUCGAAACUCCUCUCCAGUAUUUUGGGCAAGAGUAACCUGCAGUUUGCUGGGAUGAGUAUCAAUCUCAACAUCUCCACCAGCAGUUUGAACCUGAUGACACCGGACUCCAAACAGAUAAUAGCCAAUCAUCACAUGCAGUCCAUAUCCUUUGCCUCCGGUGGAGAUCCGGACACGACUGAUUACGUCGCUUAUGUGGCGAAAGAUCCUGUUAACCGGAGAGCCUGUCAUAUUCUGGAGUGCUCUGACGGUCUGGCUCAGGACGUGAUCAGUACGAUCGGUCAGGCGUUCGACCUGCGCUUUCAGCUCUAUUUGCAGUGUCCGUCCAGCAAACCCUCGUCCAUGCACGACAGGGUUAUGAGUACAGACGAGCCCCCGUGGACGGAGGAAGGAGAGGAGUCGGCCGAUCAUCACUACUACAACAGCAUUCCCGGAAAGAUGCCGCCACCAGGAGGCUUCAUUGAUGCUAGACUGACCAAUCAGACGCAAGACAGCAGCCAGGCCGCUGGAGUCCACCAGACAUACUACCAGGGCCGCCCCAUGUUCAUCCAACAAGGCUCCUGUGACAUAUACAGUCUCCCUGAGGUCAAAGGCCAAGCCCCUAAACCAGGAGAAGUGCCCACGUAUGUGAACACGGAGCACAUUGACACACAGAUGUUGGCUGCCCUCCAGGGAGAGUCAGAGAUGCCGUCCGAUUCGGGCACGAGUGGGACAGCUAAAGACAGCCCGAGGAAGGACCUCUUUGACAUGAAGCCGUUUGAGGACGCCAUCAUGACCCAGACUCCGGCUCCGGCUCCGGCUCCGGCUCCGGCUCCUCCAGCCUCAGAGCUGCAUAAAGCGGCGUCCGUGGAUAACUGCAGUCCUCUGCUGAUGCGCGCGGCCGCUCUGAGAGCUCAGGAGGAGCUGGAGGACCAGACGUGGUACCACGGAGAGAUGAGCCGCCGCCAGGCCGAGAAACUGCUGCUCCGCGACGGAGACUUCCUGGUGCGGAAGAGCAGCACUAACCCGGGCUCAUACGUCCUGACGGGGAUGCACCACGGCCUGGCCAAACACCUGCUGCUGGUCGAUCCGGAGGGAACGGUCCGGACGAAAGAUCACAUAUUCGAGAGCAUAAGCCACCUGAUUGGCCAUCACCGUGACAACAACCUGCCAAUCGUGUCGGCGGGAAGCGAACUGUGUUUGAAGCAGCCGGUGGAAAGAAAACAGUGACGACACCUGAAAUCCCGCGGGAGGCUCACGGCGCCGCUCUUUUACGAAAACACACACGCUCAGAUGACUGAUCUCCGUCGGAGAACACGUGACGCUUGUCCAACGACGCAGGAUUUUAGUUUGGAUGAUGCGAAAGCGCUCUCACCGAAAGCUGAAUUCUAGAACUGACAGUUAUUUUAUUGCGUUGGCUGAGAAUCUCUAUUUUUGAAGAAGACAGCCGUUCGAAAGGGGAGUUUGGACGAACUCGGCCUCCAAGAGGCAUGUGACGAAAACUAGAUAAAGAGUAUUUUAGAAUAAAAAAAGUUUUAGUUUUGUCUAUCAAGCACAACCGGAUUUUCAUGUUCGUUGGUAAGAGAUAGAAGGAAAACUACUAUUUGAGAAAACGUAAGCGAAAAAAAACAAAGCUGUUUAUAUCGACCUAUUUUAGGAGUUCGUCCUUUACUGCAGCUAGUGCGCGAGAUCAUUUGGUAGCUUCUAUCGAAUCACUGCUUUUCAGAGGGAAGAUGACGUGAAUGUGUUUGCUUUAACAGAAAUCACACUCCGACAUGCUGCACGAACACACACACACACACACACACCUUCAGUUUUCUAUGACGUUGAAACCUCUGGCACUCGCAUGACUUAAAACCUUAAUUGUACUUGUGGUCAUUGUUGGUAGCAUCCAGAGCCCCAGCGGAGGUGCUUUUGUGUGCUCACAAUGUAAAAUAUUUAUGCUUUCCCAGUAUUCCUUGAGUUUAGCUCCUUCUUUAAACGUGUCAGAGGUGUGUAGUCGCUCGGCUCGGGCCUUUACUUUAUACCUUGGAUGUUUCUAUCGGUUCUGGCUUUCAUGGUUCAACUGUGGGCUUCACAAACACACACACUGGUAUUAUAAUUAUUCUUCUGAUGAUUAUUUUAAAUUAAACCGUUCUAAAUGAAUAGCACAAUUAACACUUUUCUGUGUGAGGGAGACAGUCUGGUGUGUUUUUGCACAGUCUAAUUACUGGACAAACUGGAGUAUUACUGGAUUUUUCACCGUUUUAGCCACGCUUUAAAAUAUUCAUAUUUAUUAUAUCGUAAACAUGCUUCUGUAGCAUUUAGUGUUUUUCUUUAAAUCCACAUUUCAGAUAAAUGAAAUUUGCAUCUGAUACUAUUCAUGUUUAGAAAAUAGCUCCAAGAUAUGCAAGCAUGAGGCUGAAUGUCAAGAAAUUGACCACAAAAAUCAUCAAAAAAUACAAAAAAGCUUAAUUAUCUUGACAAUAAUUCAAAAAAUAUUAGUAGUCCUACAAACAGGUUUCCUUUUUUAUGCUGAAUAUAAUUGGUUUUCUUCUUUUUUUUUUUUUUUAUUAAUUUUUUUUAUUAAAUUAUUAUUAUUUAUUUAUUUUUGCAUCUGAUUGCUGUUUGGAAAAUAGCACUAAGAUAUGAACUUAUAUCUUAGUGCAUAAGGGUGUAUCUCAUAAAAACGUUGUGAAACUGACCCCAAAAUGAAAAUAAUGAAA